GGGAAACACCCAUACACACUAAUUCACACACUCACCCUAUUUAGUUAAUCCAAUUCACCUAUACUAUAUGUAUAUGAACGGUGAGAAAAACUGGAGCGCCCUAAGGAAACGCACACCAACACGGGGAGAACAUGCAAACUCCACACAGAAAUGCAGAUUGCAUCAGUAUGCGCUAAAAAUGACAGGCCACCUGAAGUUGUACAGAAAACAGGCCCACAAGAACAUGAAGAUUGCCCUGAAAGAUUUUCAGCUAUAGUAUGACCGGUAUUCUCAACACUACUGUCGUUGUAUUUAACAAGCUGUAUGCAGGGGGUCAGAGGUCCUACACCAUCCUCACAAUGAUGGGACCCAUUACAUGUAAAGUGCACCUGCCAAACAGAGAGAAGAAAAGGCAAGUGUGCCAUGUCAUCUUCAAUAAUGGCGGGAGAGAACACCUAAGGGAAAGACAGCCGUGGUGGUACAGAGAAGAUGAUGACCCUGCUACCUAUCUUAAACUCUUCAGGCCUAGAUCAGGAAGAACCAGUGUGCUGGAUAACGUUACUAUUUGACAGCCUCUGCUCUGCCGUGCCCCUUGUGCUUUCCUCGUAGGUUUUAUUUGUUUUUGUUUUUGUUGUUGUUAAACUCUGUAUAAAUCUGACAUAUAACUUGCAGCAAUAUCUUUGUAAUCAUUUUCAGAAUUUUUAUUUUAUGAUCUUUAACAUAAUAAAGGACAAAGUCCCAACCAUAAACCAGACUUGCUUGUUUUGCACAACUCAAAAGUACAGAACCAGGAAGCUCUUUCUCUUUCUGGAAGACUGAAACUGAAGUGCGGCUGAGAUUUGGACAGACCUCUGAGAUCUUGUGGUAUAAUGGCAGAAGCAAAUCUAGAUCAGGAGUUCAUCUGUCCAAUUUGUCUGGAUCUACUGAAGGAUCCAGUCACCAUUUCCUGUGGACACAGUUUCUGUAUGAGCUGCAUUACAGACUGCUGGAAUCUGGAGGAUCAGAAGAGAGUUUACAGCUGUCCUCAGUGCAGACGGACCUUCACUCCAAGACCUGCUUUAGGUAAGAAUGUGAUGCUCGCUGAAAUGCUGGAGAAACUGAAGACAACAAGACUCCAAACUGCAGACUGUUAUGCUGGAUCUGGAGAUGUGGAGUGUGACGUCUGUACUGGAAGAAAACUUAAAGCUGUCAAGUCCUGUCUAGUGUGUCUGAACUCUUACUGUCAACAUCACCUGCAGCAACAUCAGACAUUAUUCAGAAGCAAGAAACACAAACUGACUGACGCCACUGGACGACUACAAGAAAUGAUCUGCACAAAACAUGAAGAACCGCUGAAAAUCUACUGUAGGACUGACCAGCAGUGUGUGUGUUAUCUGUGUACGAUGGAUGAACACAAAAACCAUGAGACUGUGACGGCUGCAGCUGAGAGGACAGAGAAACAGAAUAUUCUGAAAGAGACACAAAGACAAUAUCAAGACAGAAUCCAGGAGCGAGAGAAGAAGCUUCAGGAUCUGAGACAGGCUGUGGACUCUCAUAAGCGCUCUGCACAGGCAGCAGUGGAGGACACUGAGAGCAUCUUUACUCAACUCAUCCACUCCAUUGAGAGACGCUGCUCUGAGAUCACACAGCUGAUCAGAGAUCAGGAAAAGACUGCAGUGAGUCGAGCUGAGGAUCUCAUGAAGACACUGGAGAAGGAGAUUGAUGAUCUGAAGAGGAGAAACACUGAGCUGGAGCAGUUUUUACAAACUCAAGAUCACAUACAGUUCCUGCAGAGUUUCCUGUCUUUCUCUGUCUCUCCUGGAACUGCAGAUGUUUCCAGCAUCACUAUCAGCUCUCUCCUCUCUCUUGAUCAUGUGGGAAAAUCUGUUUCUGAACUGAAGGACAAACUGGAGGAUUUCUGCAGACAAGAGACUGAAAAGAUCUCAGACAGAGUAAAGUGCACUGAAAUAUUGAACAAAGACCCUGAAACCAGACAGGACUUUCUACAAUAUUCCCGUCUGCUCUCUCUGGAUCCAAACACAGUUUAUAAAACCCUUCUUCUGUCUGAGAGGAACACACUGGUUACUGACACAAACACAGUCCAGCAGUAUCCUGAUCAUCCUGACAGAUUUGAUUAUUACAGUCAGGUGUUGUGUAGAGAGAGUUUGUGUGGACGCUCCUACUGGGAGAUUGAGUGGAGUGGAGAGGUGUUUAUAGCAGUGACAUAUAAGAGCAUCAGGAGGAAGGGAUCCAAAUUAUGUCUGUUUGGAUAUAAUGAUCAUUCAUGGAUGUUGUUCUGCUCUUCCUCCACAUGCAGUUAUUAUCACAAUAGUAAAUGUACUGUUCUCCCUGUGUUGUCCAGCAGUAGAAUAGGAGUGUAUGUGGAUCACAGUGCAGGAACUCUGUCCUUCUACGGCGUCUCUGACAAAAUAAGCCUCAUCCGCAGAGUCCAGACCACAUUCACUCAACCUCUACAUCCUGGGUUUUGGAUAGGUUCAAAUGCAAAAGUGAAACUGUGUGAUCUAACAGAAUAGAUGAUACAGAGAUUUUAUACAAUUACCAUCACAGCUUAAUCUCAGCUAUCAGGUGUUAAUAGAUUUAUUUAAAUUAAUUAUUUAUAUCAUCAAACUUUUAAUGAAGCUGAAUAACUAAAUACAUCAUAUCACUUAUUUUUUGUAGUAAUUAUCAGAACAUUUUGGAAACUUCUUAACCGGUUUGUAAAUUGGGGCAUUCAGUAAAGGCACAUUUUUCAUGUACAGUAAAUAUGUGAGCCAAAGACAAGGGGAAGGAGUGAAAUUAUGUUCUAUUGUCAUUCAGCAUAACAAAUAGAUAUUUGUAUUAAUAAUAGUGGUUAUUUUGACCUGCUCUUUUAAAAUAAGGCUGUAUAAAAUUUAUUAUACUUUUUUUAGGAUUUUAAACUGGGCAAUG